GCAUCUCACUUUUGGGCCAUUCUCAUUGGCAUUGAUGCAUACGCAUCUAAUCCUUUACACGGCUGUGUAUCAGACACAUUAUCAAUGAAGAAACUCCUACUCGAGAACGUCGGUGUGCCAGAACAUCGCAUCCAAUGUCUCCUCGGCGCUCGGAAACCUCCUCAUGGCGAUCCAUUAACUCCUUCUCAUGCCAACAUCGUCAAAUUGCUCCAUAGUCUCUUUGACAACCCUGAAAUUGAGCGAGGCAAUAAUAUCAUCUAUUACACCGGACACAGCUCGAGCUACCACUGUUCAGAGCAUUUCUCCACUCCACUGGAAUCCAAGUGCAGCAGUAGCGAUGCCUGUCCUAUAGAGGCUCUGUGCCCCAUCGACCACGAUACCAUAGACGCAGAUGGGCAUCCAAUACCCGAUAUAAGUGACCGAGAGCUCAACUCUCUCUUUACAAAGAUAUCUCACGUCAAGGGGCAUAAAAUCACGUUUAUCACAGACUGU